GAUGAGGAACUUGUUCGACAUCUGUCUAUUUAUCACUGAUAUGCAGAGAUCUGGUUCCCAUAUGAUGGUUCAGAGUGACUCUGCAUCAUCGAGACGCACAGGCCUGGCAUUGACAAGCUGUCCCCGGCCAGAACAAUGACAGAUUGUAUCCCCUGCUUUUCUCAUGGUUCCACAAGGGAAGUCAACGACAGACACACAAACUGUUUACUGACUCCUUAACAGAAGGGCAACUGGGACAGACAGGCUUCCUGUCCUGUGUAUUGUGAAAGGACGUGUCACCUUACGGAGACCAUCGGAGCUGGUAUUGGACUGGAUACUGAAUAAGAGAACUCGCGACUUGAUGAUGUCAGGAACAUCAUGAUAAAGGGGAGAAGAACGAAAACAAUCAUCUCAUAAGACAAACCCGAUGUGUUCUUCAUGAGGAUGAAAAGGGUCUAUUUACUGUGGAUUUUCUGGUUUUCCAUCUGCUACGCCGAUUCUAGUAUCUAUCGCAAUGCCGACCGGAAUCAAGAUGAAUCUCCAGUUUCAAAAUAUUUGCUCAAUCCUAUUCACAACGUGAUCAUAACCCAAAGAGGAUCCAACGUAACUCUUCCUUGUAUGCUGCGCUGGAGACCAAGGAGCUACAAAGUCAAAUGGAGCAAGAUUAACCCUGUUGACCCAUUGGAGAACCUUAUCAUCAUCUCAAACGGGAAGCAGCAUAAGAACUAUGACAAGCUGAAAGGUCGGGCCCGUCUGAGACGCAGCCACCGGCUCGAUGCCUCUCUGGUGAUAACCAAUGUGUCCUUGGAGGAUGAAGGACGAUACAAAUGUGAGCUGGUGAAUGGACUAGAAGAUCAUAGCUUGACUUUAUCAUUACAUCUGGAGGGGGUGGUUUUCCCCUAUCAGUCCAAGGAAGGACGCUACCAUUAUAACUACGUCGAGGCACGUCAAGCUUGUGAAGAGCAAGAUGGCCGAAUGGCCACGUUUUCACAGCUCUAUCAAGCAUGGACAGAUGGUCUAGACUGGUGCAAUGCUGGAUGGACUCUGGAUGGGACUGUCCACUACCCUGUAAUCGUCCCACGGCAGCCUUGUGGAGGCAAUCUUCCUCCGGGGAUUCGGAGCUACGGCCCCAAAGACAAAAUGAAGGAUAGAUUUGAUGUUUUCUGCUUUACCUCUGCACUAAAAGGCCACGUCUAUUAUAUCCAUGGACCAAUGAAUUACAGAGAAGCUGCGGAGGCCUGCCAGGCCCAUCAAGCUGUAAUGGCAAAGGUUGGCCAUCUCUAUGCUGGGUGGAGGUUUGCCGGCCUGGAUCAAUGUGACGGGGGCUGGCUACUGGAUGGAAGUGUUAGAUUUCCUAUAACCGAACCUCGAGAACGAUGUGGGGGCCUGCCAGACCCUGGAGUUAGGAGUUUUGGCUUCCCCAAUCCAGAACAGAAACUCUAUGGAGUUUAUUGCUAUUCCUUAAUCUAAGACUUUCCUGUGUAUGACAUAUUGCAGAAGAUUCCUAGAGAUAUGUCUGGUCCCCUCUAUGAAGACAUGUCUAGGAUAGGCUUAGAUCACGGUGUACCAAGUCUGGCCCUCAUUGCUCACAAAUUAGCCAAGCUUUCAGGAAAAUACUUACUACACUGUUUAUUAAUUACAUGUUAAUAGGAGAAAUUCUAAAAACCUGGUAGAACAAGAAUCUUUGGGGGAAGAAAAUCCCAAAGUCUUAACGUUGGCACUUAUUCUACAGUAUUAGCUUGAUCUGGCCAAAUUUAAGGAUAUUUCUGGUAGUGAAGGUCUUCCAGGCCUAUUUGCACUUUGACCGAUGCCUAAUGUAAAUAGCUCAAGCUGGGUAGUUACUAUGACAUUUUGAGUUUUCCAGACAGGGCUCAAAUUUUUCUAUUGGCUAGUAAAAAUUCAUCACGGCAAUAACUUGCAGUAACGAGAAACGUAAGGCCUGGCUAGUAGCAUAGGACUUCAAAUUUAAGUUCUGCUCCAGGUAUUGUUUGCCUUGAUGACAAAAUGUUUACGAUUCUUCCAUACAUUAACCCUUUACUUGCACAUCUAGCAAAUUAAUAGUUAAAUGCUUGAACAGCAUACAAACUUGCAAAUUAAACAACGUCACUGCGGUUAC